AGUAACGGUUUCUCUCUCAGUAGCACUUUAGUGAUUUUUAUUUGAUUUAGAAUAAUAAUGCCGUAUAAAACUAAUGUUGGGGGACUUUAAUAGCGGGUGUGGACGUGUGGCUCCACUCUGAGUGCUAUAGUGAAUGAACUGCGCUGAUGCUGAGGAGAUGAGCGGCUCUAACCAACCGACACACAUCUGGUGUAUUUCACUGUACAGCACAGAACCACCGACCUGCUAACAUACCUGCACACAGGCGGAGGACACAAGCACGAUCUGCUGAGGGAAUGGACGCUGAUAAACGGCUCAUGUUUGUGUUUUUGUGUUUCAAUAAGCUUAUAGAGAAGCCGUGUACUCGUUAGGAGUGUUUUAUCCGGUGCUGUCCCGUUUACUGACUCUGUCCCGGGAUCCACAUCGCCUCAAUGGCGAAACAAAGACUCUAGACACAGCAGCACUGACAUGGAGCACAAGCCUGCUAAAAGACUGUCUUUAAAGACAGGGGUGUAGACUUGGACUCUAGACAGGAAAUGGACUGUAUUAGCAGAGAACAAGAUGAGGAAGAUAAAGUUAAAACAGGACAGACAGGGCACUGGAGAAUAAAAGGAAGACAUGAUGAAGAUGGACAGGCAGUGAGGGAUGAGAUGGCUGAGGGCCCAGAACAGGCACAACAGAUGAGGAGAAGAAGGACGUGGUAGAGACGAGGCUACGUCACAUUUCUGGCACCAGACUCAGGCAGCUUUUGUGUGAUGACCAGCAGAAACUAAAACAGGGUUUGAUGGAGAUCCGGUCGAAUGACAGCGGGAACUGUCGUCAUAACUGGAGGAAUUCUUGCAACGGUGAUACUGCUGUGUAUCAUUGUAGUGCUCUGCUAUUGCCGACUCCAGUAUUACUGCUGUAAGAAGAAUGGCUCAGAUCCAGACUCCCCUUCUUACUCUGAGCCUCAGUUCUCCUGUGAUGCCUGCCAUUCUGCUGUGGUGGAAGGAUCGAGUGUCUGUCCCCUGUCCCUGUCUUCGGACGCAGCUUAUAACACCUGCUCCACCUGCAACGCCUUCUACAGCUCCUCUUUUUACCUCCGUAACAUGGACGAGAUGCGUAACGGGGCCGAGCGCAUCGCCUACGUGCUGCCCUCCACACACGGCACCUCGCUAAGCCCUCGCACCUUUCCAGACUUCUACUGCAACACUCAUGCCAUCAGCACUGACGUCUGAGGGGUACAGGGUUCAUGUUAAUGGCAUGUAGGAGGGUGCAGGUCCAGGUGUUCACUGCAGUCCAGGCCAUGCCAGGAAGUCUCUGUGGAAAGUGUAUUUGGACCAUAGAGUUAAAAAUCAUUUAUAUUUAUGUGUUGAAUGACAUAAGGUCACAGAGAAAAGGGAAAAGCUGACUAAGGAUUUUAAAAUGAUUAUAAUGAACAUCAUUACAUUUUAAAUAGAACGGAUUUGCGCUUUAGAUACCAGAGGGGCCCCAUGUUAUGUGUGUAGUGUGACUCCAUGAACCCCCAUGAUGGUCAGGAUCUCUGUUUCAGUUAGAUUACUGUAAAUGCAGGUGUCCUGUACAGAAACAGUAACUGUCACCGUCUUUAUAACAAUAUUUAAUUUUGCCUGGAUUUUAUCCAAAAGGUUCUUUGUAUUCAGAAAACUCUGUAAAAUUGGCAUCUGUUUAGUUUGUUGAGUCUUUACAAUCUGGGCUUCCUAAACUGACCAUCUGCUACUGAUGUUGGAAUUUUCUACUAAAAAUGUCUUCAGCAUUAAUAUCACUCUUUAAUAUGAGAAGGUUUGAUGGAACAGUGAAGUAGUCUAUAUGGUACUUAAAGUCACUGUAAACUUCAAGGAAACUGAAGAACUGAAUGGCAGACAGUUUGUCGUGCACCUCAUCUUUUUAGUUUAAAAAUAGUUUGGGUGUGGCCGCUCAAUACAUCUUAUCGAAUCUCAGCUCUGCCUGCCGGCUGGGCUGAGCAGCCACACGAACAACGAUUGGCCUGUUGUUCAGAUAGGGGUGGGAUAUAAAAGCCGGAUAGGGACUCUCUCAUGACUGGUGCAGUUACGACCUCUGCUGGCUGAUUGAUGGCGCCUGCACAGAGACGGGAAAAGAGUGCUGUCAGGGCGUGUCUCUCCAUACACAGUGCUGAUCUGCACUGCACUCGUCAAAGUGUAGGUGACAAAAUGCAUACGGCUGCUGCCCACGUGUCAGAGGGGGCAUAGGUUAGCUUCGUUCUCCUCAAUCAGAGCCGGGAUCGGUAUUGGUGGAGAGGAAGCAUGACGCAAUCGGGUAAUUGGACGCGUUAAAAGGGAGAAAUGCAUAAACAAUUGGGGGGGGGGGGGUGUGACUGACGUGCCAGCAAACCACUGCGGAGAGUUCGAAUCUAAGCAGAGCUACCUACCUGGAGGGCAUCCACACAAACAUGAUUGGUUGUGUUUGAAGAAGGGAAGGUUGAAAGAUCUCUCCCUGCUGCAAUAUCUGUUCUUCAGUACUGGUCCAGGCGCCUGUGUGAAGAGGGGAUGGGGGGGGGGGGGGGUCAAUUUGGGAUACUUUUUUAUCUUUUUACUCCUAAUUACUUUCAGUUACAUUUUUCUGUGACUGAAGUGCAACAGGGCCGAUCAGUUGUGUAGACCACCUACGUAGUUGAAAGCAAAUCAUUUGGUUUUGGGCUCGUGUUUAAUUCCUGAAUGAGGAAGCUUGAUAACAGAUUACUGUAAGUACGCUGAUGAAAGAAUUGUAAACAUUAUAGGUGAUGAUUAUUGUCUUUUAAUGAUUUUUGUUUUAAGUUUACUGAGUACCUGAGUAACAUUUUCUAGCAAGUAUUUUUAUUUUUUUUUAUUUUUAUUAUUUUAGGUCUGUCCAAUCCAUGUUAUUAACCACAUGAAAUCCAAUUUAAAGACAUCACUCCCAUUAAAGAAAUGGACACAAAUAGGCACAUAAGUGUAAACGCUUCUUUGUCUUAUUGGUUGUCUAAUGAAAAUUUUUGGGCAACCUUCACAUCACAAAAAAUAAUUGAAAGUGGUCAGAAACAACAGAAGUAUUAGUAGUAAGUACCUACAGUAUUUGAAAGUUUUCGGUGACUUUAAGGUGAUUUCUAGCUUUUUCUAUGCAACAUCUACAUGCUUAACCAGUGUAAAAGUAAACCGUAAUGGCACUGUUUAUCUAGCAUGGAGAACAGCAGGAAUAAAGCCUGGACUGAUCACAAUGCACGUUGUUCUGUAGUCACAAGAAAAUGUCACCAGUUGUGUUUAAACUACAAUAACUGCAUUUUUUACAUGUAGGAAACUCCAUGCCGUUUAAUUACAAAUAAACUGAACAAAGCUUUACAA